AUGGGAAAUAAAGUGUAUUUUGCUAAAACAAUGGAUGCCUCUAUUUUUAAUUAAAAUGAACCUUUAAACGCAUAAAUUUAACAUCUUGGUGGUUAAUAUUACUAGCAUAUUGAAAGAGUUGAACUUUAUAAGUUAAAAAAUGAAGUAACCAAAUUCCCAACAAUAUUUGAAAAAAGAAUAGCUAACUCUGUAUCUGUUGAAUAAGAAGGUUAAUUACUGAAUCUUCAUAAUUAAGCUUAAAGCUUAUAUCAUCCAAACUUAAUUAAAUAUUAUGGUUUUUGUAUUGAUCCAUAAAUAACCACUAAUUUAAUCAUUAGUAAAUGGUAUUAUUAAGCACUUUAUAAAACAUCAAAAAAUAUUUGUGCUCAUCAUUUUUAAUAUAAGUCUUUAAUUCCAGAAAAAGAUUUAUGGAAAGUAUUAAUCUCAAUUAUAUUUUUAAAUAGCUUUUGCAUCAAAUAAUAUAAGCACUUCAAUUUUUAGAGACCAAACAACAAUGGCAUAUGCAAAUCUAACCAGAUUCUAUAUAUUUAGAUGAUAAUAUGCAAGUUAGAUUAAUUCCUAUGGGAGUCUUAAGAAUGAUGAGUGGUUAUUCUAUAGUCUUAAAUAAAUAAGGCUAAGCAUUACUCUCUCCAGAAUUAAUUGAACAAUUAAGAUUAAAAAAUAUAAAUCCUGUUCAUGAUCCUUCUAAAUCAGAUAUCUUUUCUUUAGGUAUGACUAUGUUAGAAUUAAUGACACUUAAAAGUAGUUUUGAUUGUUAUUCCUUUAAUUCAAAUCCUCCUUAAUUACAUGAUUAAAUAAUAGAAGAGCGUUUGUAAGAAUCAAUAAUGAAUGGUUAUUCUGAAGAAUUAAUCAAAAUAACAAAAAACAUGCUCCAAAGAGAUAUGAAUUAUAGAAUAGGAAUAAGAGAUAUUUUAGUACAUAAUUAUAUUAUAUUCAUAGAAUUCAAAAGAAUUAAACCAAAAUCAACAUAAUUAAGCUAAUAAUUUUUCUCCUUUGAAACCAACAUUAAAUUUGAAUAAUCUUAGAUAAUAAAAUAUUAUAGAAUAAGAUUAAAAACCUUUAAUUCAACCAUCAAUACCUCCAAUCGUAGAAAAAUAAAUUCCUCCCUAAAAUCAAAUUUCAACCUUUAACCCUCAUGCUUAAUAAGAUAAUUUUCUACAAUCAUAUUCUUUUAGAGAAAAAUCAGAUGAAGAAUUACUUUUAAGAGAAUAAUAAAUAAAUAGAUAAUUAGAAUAGUAAUUAAAAUUAUAGCAAUAAUAAUUAUAAUAAUAAUAUUAAUAACAAUUAAAAUAAUAGUAAAUCAUUGAAGAAUAGUAAAGACAAUUAUUUUCACUUUAAUAGUAAAUUUAAUAGAUUGCUGUACAAUUAGAAGAAAGUCAUGUAAAACCUACUGAAAUAUUAAAUUCUUCAAAUUAAUAGGAUAAUCUUAAUUAUUAAAUCAACUUGCUUCCAACACCUCCAAUUACUUAUGCAAGCCCAAUCAAGCACACAUUAAAUGACUUUACAGAAAAUAUUGAGAUUCAGAAUAGAGUUAAUUAAGUCUUAGCUCAAUCAAGAUAAGCAUUAAAUAGAUAUCAAAAUUGA